GCCAAUGGGCAGGCAGCACUAGGCUCGGCUCACAUCGAGUGCGGAGGCGUCUCCGUUGGGAACAUUCCGCAGUCGCGUUUUUAGUUGAAGCUCUGCGGGGAAUGUCGGGCUAGAAGCCCAAGUCGAGUUUCACUUUCACACAGUUGAGGAACAGGGUGAAGACUUCUGCAGCAUGGACUGCUUUUAUGACCAACAGGUCCCCUUUGUGGUACCAGAGAGUAAAUGUCACUCAGAGGGAAAAGAGCGGUGCCUCAGCGACAGGAAAAGAAAGUUCAUGGAUGCUGGCUUGGCUCAAGACACAGAGGAACUUUUCCAAGAUCUGAGCCAGCUUCAGGAAAUCUGGAUAGCAGAAGCUCAGGCUCCUGAUGAUGAGCAGUUUGUCCCAGAUUUCCAGUCCAAUAACUGGCCGCCAAUCAGCAAAGUGAAGCGAGAGUCCAGCCCAACCAAAGAUCUGUCCCCCUCCAGGACGCGUCACGCAGACGUGUGCCUUUACAGCAACAGUACCCGUGACAGAAAAGCAGCUGAAUUCAAGCGUGCCACUGCGCCCGCCGCCGUCCGUCUGACUGGAGCCGCGCCCCAGCAGCGGGGACUCUCUGACAGUCCCACGAGGCAACUAACAUUAAUGUCCGGCUGCCCCACCCAUCACCACCGCAUGCCACAGGGCAAUCAAAGCCAUCAGUUUGAAUUGCCCCACUCUCCCAUUGGCUGCCUCGCUGCAGCCUUUAGUUCAGAGCAGAGGUUUCAGCAGUCGACAUCAGAACCAUGUUUGUCCUUUCUACCGGGAAAGAAAACGGCGAACGUGCUCCACCCUCACUCGAGCGACGCGACCUGUCCGUUGUAUCAGCGACACCUGUCAGAGCCUCUGGUUCCAGUUGGUGGUGGAGGCAUUUGCAAACAGGAGAUGGUGGAUCCGCGUUAUCCACAGAAAGUGGCCCGUGGUUCUAGCAUGGCGACCUUCAACCAGGUCGCCAUCAAACAAGAGCCAAGGGACUUUGCCCUUGACACAGAGGUUCAAACUUGCCAGUCGUCAUCCUUUGGCAAAACGUCAGUCUUGUACCCGAACGGUGGUGCAGGUGAGGGCGGGUCUGUUUUCCUUCUCAGUCAUGCUUCAGUGUGGACUUGUUGUUCAUCUCAUUCUCCACUGGUAGGAUUUGCUCGUGACACAGAAGCACCCUUCUACUAUGACGACACUUGUGUUGUGCCAGACAGACUGGAGGGUAAAGUAAAGCAGGAUGGUUUGCUGUACCAGCGUCGUGGCUCCCUGCAGCUGUGGCAGUUCUUGCUCACACUGCUGGACAACCCGGCCAACGCACAUCUGAUCAUGUGGACAGGGCGUAAUAUGGAAUUCAAACUCAUUGACUCUGAAGAGGUGGCUCGGCUCUGGGGGAUCCAGAAGAACCGACCUGCCAUGAACUACGACAAGCUGAGCCGCUCACUGAGGUACUACUAUGAGAAGGGCAUCAUGCAGAAGGUAGCUGGAGAGCGAUACGUCUACAAGUUCGUGUGCAACCCCGAGGCCCUCUUCUCCUUGGCAUUCCCAGACAAACAGAGGCCAAGUCUGAAAUCCGACCCAGACGCCCUCCCACCCGCCGGCGAGGAGGAUGGCCUAACUCUGCCCCUCUAUGAGGAGGAGGGUCCUUACUUGGCAGACGGAGGCGAGCAUUGCAUUCAGGGGCUGGCCUUCCCUGAAAGCUGCCUUUACUAGACCACAGUCUCGAUGAUAGCGAUGUGGGAUUUGUGACGUUUAAAAUCUAAAAACGACAUUCCUCCUCAGAACCCCUACAAUUUUUGCAGCCAACAAUCAAAUAAGACACACACUGUGCAGGGUCAAAUCACCGUUUUACCUCGGAGGAUGCACAUUUUUAAAGCAAAUGUUGUCAAGAGGACGUGCUCUGAUUCCACCAAAAACGAUCUUUCCAAGCCGUGCAGCUCCUCAACCUGACUGAAAGGGACAUGCUUGUAUUUUUUUAGGCGUCCCUGUACUCUUAUAAAUUUGUGUAUUGUUUUUGUGUUUGAAAGCUAAUCUUUUUCAUCAUUACAUGAACUCAGUUUGUUUAUGACAAAAAGUAUAGCCUCUAUUUUUGAUUCACUGCCACUUUGAUGCUACCAAGCAUGAGGAUUUUUUUCAAAUCAGCUUCAAUGUGUCCACAUAGUUUGCUGCAUUUUGUAUAGUAGAGUGAGAGUCGCUUCAGUGUGUAGAAACGUAGUAUAAUUAUUCUGUAUAUGAAUAUAUUUUUGAAAAAGACUGAUGACUUGCACAGUUUCACUUAAUGUGUCAGGGUCGAGCAAUGCCCUUUGCAGAUCACUGCAGGAGAGUAUUGGCCUUCACAUGCUGUACAUGUGCCUUCUGUUAAUCUUCACUGAUACAAUAAAACAAUUUUACUCAAA